UAUGAAUCCCUCCUUCACAUGAGCUGCCAGUACCACCAUCUCAUUGCCCAUAAACAAGCAGGCCAUGCCCAUAAUAUCUCUGGAAUUCUGGGAACAAAGUCAGGGGAACUUGCCAUAAUUUGUCCCGCUUAUCCUCAACCAGGCAAAAACCUUCCACCAGACUGGGCAGACACCCCUCCAAACAAAUAG